AUAGCUAUAUAUACACGGUUGAGGGCAACCUGCAAGCUACACUGGCACGGCCUUGUGAUCUAGCCCCCAAUAACCAAAUCCCACUUAUCAGUUGAGAGCAGAACCGGCGGGAUAUGGGGGAGACGGUGCUGAGCAUGGCGCGGUCCAUGCUGAACGCCGCCAUCAGCAAGGCUGCCUCUGCCGCCGCCGACGAAAUGAGCCUCCUCAUGGGUGUGAGGAAGGAUAUCUGGUUUAUCAAAGAUGAGCUAGAGACGAUGCAGGCAUUCCUGGUGGCAGCUGAAGGAAUGAAGGAGAAAGACAUGCUACUUAAGGUGUGGGCGAAGCAAGUAAGGGACAUGUCGUACAAUAUUGAAGAUUGCCUUGGUGAAUUCAUGGUGCAUGUGGCAAGUCAAAGCUUGUCGCGAAAGCUAAUGAAGCUCAAGGACCGCCACCGAAUCGCGAUGCAAAUCCGUGAUCUCAAAUCAAGAGUUGAGGAAGUGAGUAGCAGGAACACCCGGUACAACCUUAUUGAUAAGAACCAUAUCACUAGAAACAUUGAUGAGAGGGAUUCUUGCAUGGAAGAUAUUCGCAACCAGUCAGCUAGCAACAUCGAUGAAGCCGAACUUGUGGGGUUUUCCAAUCACAAACAAGAGCUAAUAAGGCUUAUUGAUGACAACGUCAACAAUGGCCCUGUUCGGGUAGUAUGUGUCAUUGGCAUGGGUGGUUUGGGUAAGACCACUAUUACAAGGAAGGUUUAUGAAAGUACAAGAAACUUUUCAUGUUGUGCUUGGAUCACUGUCUCGCAGUCAUUUUUCAGGAUGGAGCCUCUCAAAGUUAUGAUCAAAGAACUCUUCGGUGACGACGAACUCAAGGAGCAACUUGACGGGAAGGUGGUGCGAGAAGAGAAUCUUGCUAGCUACCUCAGAGAAAAGCUACUUCAGAAGAGGUACUUUGUUGUUCUUGACGACUUAUGGAAUAUAGAUGAUUGGAAGUGGAUCAAAACUAUUGCUUUUCCAAGUAGUAACAACAAAGGUAGUCGGAUAAUGGUAACAACCAGAGAUGUUGGCUUAGCUGAGGAGUGUAUCUUGGAAUCUUCUGGAUCACUUAUCUACCACCAUCAACCAUUAGAAACAAAUGAUGCCAUAAAAUUACUAUUAAGGAAGGCGAGGAAAUGUGAGGAAGACAUGAAAAAAGAUGAGGACAUGAGGGUCAUAGUUGCUAAGAUAGUAAAAAAGUCUGGACGGUUACCUCUAGCUAUACUCACAAUAGGAGGCAUGCUUGCCACCAGAGAGGUUAGUGAGUGGAAAAGUAUAUAUAACCAGAUCCCCUUAGAGCUAGAGAGCAACCGAAGCCUUGAAGCAGUGAGGAGGAUGGUUACCAUGAGUUACAACCACUUGCCCUCCCAUCUUAAGUCAUGUUUUUUGUAUUUAAGCAUAUUUCCAGAGGAUUUUGAAAUAAAAAGGAGGCGUCUGGUAGAAAGAUGGAUAGCCGAGGGCUUUGUCAUUGCUAGAGUUGGGAUGAGUGUUGAGGAUGUUGGGAAUAGUUGCUUUAAUGACCUAAUCAACCGGAGCUUGAUCCAGCCAUCAAGAGUGAACAUAGAAGGAGUUGUGAAGAGUUGUCGAGUUCAUGAUAUUGUUCGUGAUGUCAUGGUCUCAAUUUGUAGAGAUGAAAUUUUUGCAUGGUCUACAUGGGACAAUGUAACCGGAAUAACAGUGGAUAACUUUCGCCAUGUAGCAUACCAAGGCCGUUGGAGCCCAACUAAAGGCUUGGAUUGGAACCAUGUCCGAUCAUUCACUGUGUUUGGUGAGAGACCCAGGAAGCCGGCACCUUCACUAUGUUCGCCUGACUUUAGGAUGCUUAGAGUCUUAGAUCUACAUGAUGCCAGUUUUGACAUCAAACAAAAAGAUAUCAGCACCAUAGGGGCGUUGCAUCAUUUGAAAUAUGUCAAUGUUGGGUCUUCAAAUGGAAGUGAAAACUAUAUUUACAAGAUCCCAAGAACCAUAGGGAAACUACAAGGCUUGCAGAGUUUGGACAUGAGACAUGGUAAUAUAACAUCACUACCAACUGAGAUCACUAAACUACAAAGCCUUCGUAGCCUCCGUUGCAGCGGAAAUGGAGUAUGUGCGAAUUUAUACUUAGUUUACCCAAUGAUCUGGUUCACGUCAAUAUUCUGUAUGCCUAUUCUGUUCAAUCCUUUAGCUCGUCCGAUUGAUCUUCCAUUCCUUAUGAGGGGCAUUCACAAGGCAUGGACUGGUCGCUUGUCCAAUUCUGAUGGUGUGAGGGUGCCUAGACGGAUCAGUAACCUAAAGGAGUUAGAGAUACUAGAGAUUGUGGAUGUUGAACGGACAAGUAGAAAAGCAGUUAAAGAGCUCGGGGAGCUAAUAAAGCUCAGAAAAUUGAGUGUGAGAGUUGGGGCAAGCAAGCAAAAGAGCAAGAUACUCUGUACAUCCCUUGAGAAGCUCACUUCCCUCCGCUCUCUUUGUCUCAGUGUGGAUGUUAGUACAUCUGGGAGAAGCGGUGCAUCACUUAAGUGGUUGCAGUCUAUUUCCUCACCUCCCCCUCUCCUGAAGAAGCUGAAUUUGCGUGGUGAUCUUGGGGAGAUGCCUGACUGGUUUGGGGAUCUGGAACAUUUGGUGAAGAUUGAUUUAAUGUUGAACAAUUUGAAAGAUGGAGAUAAAAGCAUGAAACUACUAGGCGCACUGCCCAAGCUCAUGCUCCUUCGUCUUUCUUGGGAUUCUUAUGUCGAGGAGAAACUAGUUUUCAGAGCAGAAACAUUCACAAAUCUGAAGAGACUUAAUAUUUCAUACAUGGAGAAAUUGACAGAGUUGGUAUUUGAGGAGGGCACCUCGCUCCUGUUGGAAAAGAUAGAAAUCAGAGGGUGCAGUUUGCCAUCGGGGAUUAGUGGUAUCAAACACCUUCCAAGACUCAAGGAGAUUGGUCUGGAAUAUACUAGAGUUGCCAGGCUUGGUGUGCUGGAAGGUGGAGUCAACACACACCCCAACCAUCCCGUGCUGCGACUUUCUGAGGAUCGACGCUUCCAUGACCUAGAAGCUACAGAGGAGUCAUCCGUUCAAGGGCCUGCAGCGGGAGAGAGCUCACAAGAUGCAGCAAUACCGACCACAAGCGACAGCGAAGAUGAUCUGCGUUGAUAUAUGCUGGCACCAGAGUCUAUUUAUCGCACCAUGCUUCUGCACCCAAAUCAUCCGCAUACAUUUCCAAGGCUGCAGCCUGCAGGUGACUGGCUUUUGUACAUCCAUGGUCUUCUACUUAGAUUUUCCUUUCAGCCAAUAUUUCCCCUCUUUUUGUACACAAGAAGAAAAUAACACUCUGUUCUUUAAACAUAAACCCCAAAUUAUUAGGGCAUACAAUCUGCCAUGUAAGUUGUUGCAUGUCAUCUGCAAACAGAACUACUACUUCUUUUUCAAAUGGUCUGUUUGGUCUCGUAGACUCUCACCAUUACCAAUGGGGCUACCUCCUCUUGUCUUUUAUAAUUUGAAGCACCCCUUUUGUUUACACACUUUACAGGAAGUUAGGAUUUCUCAACCUGGGACAAGCUGGAGCAUGGCAUGAUUAAGCUCAUGAUGCAAUUAAUGCGACUUAUGGUGGCACAUUACCUGAUUUUCCGAUGAAGGUUGUAUAAUAGCAAGGUGCCAACUGGAGGAAGGUAU